AUGAAUCGUUGGCGGAGGUCGGUGGGAGAGAUCCAGGCCAGGAAGAGGAGAGUGAGUGAGUGCGAGCAGGCGCAGGCCGCCCUCAGCAAACUCACCGCCUGCUUCCAGCAAAUGGCCACCUGUUUGGGGAGUAACACAGACAGCAGUCUUCUGAGAGACGAGCUGGAGGAAACCAGGGGACACGCGCAUAAAAUAUGUAUGGGGCUGCACGGGAGGUUGCUGGAGCUAAUGGUUGAGACAGAGCAAAGCCAGGACAAGCAUGUCGAGCGGCUCUGGGUGCUGCUCCUGUCUGCCUUGGAGAACUUCCAGCAGGAGCUCAAGAGGGUCACUGUGCUCCAGGAACUCUUUCCCAUCGCUCAGCAGAAGGACAGACAGGCUCUGGUUAACACAGGUGCCCUUGCAGGAGGCACUGAGGUGGCAGGUCGCGCUGUCACCGUGCAGAGCCCCUGGGUGGCAACAGAGUGCAAGGAGAAGCCUGACCUGCAGGGCCACGUGUUGGAGGUUGAGACCCUGCUUCAGGAAAUGCUGCAAAGGGUAAAUGUGCCACUGUGGUCAGUGGAGCCAAUGCAGAAAAUCUGGUCUGAGGAAACACAGGAGGAGGAUGAUGACACCUUGGAGGAGAUGAUGGAGGUGGAAGUGGUGUCACAGGAGGGAAAAUCAGGCUGCUGCAGUCAUUUCAACUGUAAGCUAGGAUGCAUAUUCUGUUUGCUCAACUAGUGCCAUUUUGGACCAUGUAGCUAAUAAGAA